CUCAUACCAACUGGUCACAGGAGUCCAUUUAGUUAAAUUUUUGUUGUUGUCGCAAGAUGUCUGAAGAAUUCCCAUAGUGUGACUUAUUUUCAAGAGAUAGAGACUUACCUACACUUUUUAAAUGGACUAUCUUUAGAUUCUGAAGGUUAACCUAACGGUUCAAAGUGGUUCGUGAUGAUCGGGAGGUUGUGUGUGUUUUCUCGGUUGGCUUGUCGGAGAGCUGUUUAUAUAUUCCGAGAGUUUUGUGCUGAGGCAGAACUCUUGGUAGAAGAUGGGAGUAAAUCAAGAAGUUGUAAACCUAUACGCCCUUUAUAUUUUGAUUUUCAAGCGUCUACACAACUGGAUCCUCGCGUCUUAGAUGCCAUGUUGCCGUUUUAUAUCAGUCAUUUUGGUAACCCUCAUUCACGCACACAUGAGUAUGGUUGGUAUUGCGAAGAAGCCAUUGAGAAAGCUAGAGAGAACGUAGCCAAUCAGAUAGGUGCUGACCAUAAAGAAAUCAUUUUCACCAGUGGUGCGACAGAAAGUAACAACCUAGCUGUAAAAGGUGUUGCUAAGUUUUACCACCCAAAGAAGAAGCAUAUUAUAACUACACAAAUUGAGCAUAAAUGUGUCUUGGAUUCCUGUAGAGUUUUGGAAAACGACGGGUUUGAUGUUACGUAUUUACCUGUUCAGAAAAACGGAAUUCUAGAUUUGGAGGUACUAACAUUCUUUUUUAUGAUCUAUUAUAGGUUCUGGAACGGUCUAUUAAGCCCGAAACGAUUUUAGUCUCUGUCAUAGCUGUUAAUAAUGAGAUAGGUGUCCUUCAGCCCAUCGAAGAAAUCGGAAGACUAUGUCGAAGUAAAGGGGUUUUCUUCCAUACUGAUGCUGCACAAGCUUUCGGAAAAGUGCCAAUUGACGUCAAUGCUAUGAAUAUUGAUCUCAUGUCCAUUAGUGGUCACAAGAUAUAUGGUCCUCAGGGGAUUGGUGCUCUCUACGUACGUCGUCGACCCAGGGUUCGAUUAGAAGCUCAGCAAAAUGGAGGUGGACAGGAACGUGGGUUAAGAUCUGGUACUCUUCCUACGGCUUUAGUUGUUGGCUUAGGUGAAGCAAGCCGUUUGGCCAGCGAGGAAAUGAAAGUAAGUUUUCAAAAAGAUUACUAUUUACUUCUUGUCAUCUAAAAACAUGAAUAACUUAUCAUUAGUGUUAUUCAUUUUGUUUCUUUUAUUAGGCUGAGAUCUUGUUUUUCAAUAUCAGUUUUUCCAAUACCUUUUAAAGGUUUCUGUCACUCAGUUAAUUUAUCAUGAUUAACGUAAGUCACCCUAGUAUUGGUGAUACAAUUUCAUGUAAUUCUACCUAACACUAACACUGAGAUACUUUUGUAAAUGACUUUCGAAGUAUUAAUGAGAUUUUCAGACACCCCUCUUUAAGAUAGCUCCCAACCACGGCCGUGUCUAACUAUUCAAGACCAGUCAUGUCAUCCGGAAACAGUGAUUGUCAGCUUGAAAUAUCCAAAGUGGUUAAGGGUUUGAUGGAGUGUGAAAAGUGUUCAAUAAACCCACAACCUGAACAAAAACCAGUCCAUUUCCUGUGAAUCGGUUUUUGUUGCGUCCAGCACACUGGGAAGUGCAAUAAGAGACACAAUUUUGGACUCAUCUAUCAAAAAAAUUUUUACUUUAGUGUCUAUCACCUUUAUUUUCUAAGCUGUUUUUUUGGAAAUGUACACGAUAGUCGUCUCACUUCAGAAUAACCUAAUACAGUUUGCCAUAUCUUCUAAAUUAUCUGAAUGCUAUUUAAAUCAUAUGUUUUUGGGGGAUUUUAGUAGUUGAUGUUCCUUCCAAACUUUCGAUUCGUUAUAGAUAUCGAAAUUCACUAGAUAGUGAGUACAUGGAUAGAUUGAUCAAAAUUCGUCAUAACAUAGGACAGUUAAGAUGUCUUUUAAAUUGUUUCAUUUUGCUCUGUGUAGAUUUUCAAAGAAUGAUAGUUAGAGUGUUAUUAAUUUCGUAUUUUUCACUGACAUGAGUCUUUCCGCUAGUGGAUGAGAAUUGUGUUAUAUUCUUACAAUAAAUAGAUACCACUUUUUUUAACAUCAGUUUUUUUGGCCGUUGCGAAGUCUCCACCACUGUUUUUUAGGAGAAUUUAAGUGUUUGACUAUCGGAACUAAUGUGAAGCCGAAAGACAGCUUCUUGUGUUGUAUUGGGGCUCGUGCAUUCGGGCCAUCUAUUGUAGGAGCAGUUGUAUUCUAUUUAUUUAUAAUUUAUUUGAACACAUAAAUAUUGGUACAAGAAUGCGCCAAAUAUGUAUGCGCCACACAAAACAUUGUUUUGUGCAGUUGUAUUCUCUAGUCCGAUUAUUGAUUUAUUCACCUAGAUUGCCUUUAUAGGACUAAUUACUUGUUAGUCAUCGACACAAUGAUCUUUCUUCGACUAUUUCCUCAAUGACAGUGAGAUAACAACCGAGAUGAAUAAUUAACGCUUAUUGGUCUAGGAUACUGUUUUCUAUGCUCACUUACUCGAUAGCUAGAAUAGAACAAGGUAGAUAAAUCACUGUAGAGUUCGAUUCAUAGCUCAAAGUAGCGUGAUAGCAUGCAUUAAUUUUCACUGCAGAUCAGCAUAAAUAAGGAAGCACAAUAUGUGCAUAACUACCCCUUAAGUGCAAUGGAACUAAGUAUUAGGUCCAUAAUUAUUUCACCAUAAAUUUAGUAAGGUAAACAAAGGACUAUAACUGAUGUGGCACAUAAAAGCUUACAACCAGGAUAAUAUUAAGUACUAUCAUCCAAGCGUCUAAUAAUCAUGCAAUAGAAACAUAAACGAUAGUCCUUUAUAGGAGUCCCCAAAGUUCUACCUUCACAAUAUUCCCUUUAUUAUUAGCAGAAACAUGAAAUAUGUUCAUUACAUACUUGGUCGAAGCUAGAAUAGUGGAAUAUAUAUCCCAAAAGAGUCUUCAUCCCUGCUCGCAAUCUCACCAUCGAUAACUAAUUUCAGUAUUAUGACUUGAUCAGAAGUUGAUGCUUGCGCAUAUUAUAAUGUGCGCAACUCUGUUAACCAGCACAGUAUCAUAAAGUACGCAUUGGCAAUCCCAACGGACUGUCUUAUGUACAUUGUAAGCCUCAAGCUAGUACUACAAUAUUAUGUCUUUCCACUUAUUGUAUUUCAUAUCGUUCAUCCAGGUAAAUAACACUUAUUCUCGACUGGUCAUAAUAUGUAGUCCAGUUGACUUUGAGUCUUUCUAAAUUAUCACUAAUGCAGUAAUCUGACAUGUUUCUGGUCGUAAUUGGUUUCUUCUGUGCUGUAUAAGCUGUACAAUUAUGCAGUGUGGAUAGGUCAAUUUUAUUUUCUGUGUGAUAAUUCAUAUUAUUAUGGGUCGCAGAAAAUAUUAUGAUGUACUCAUUUGGUAUUUUUAUUUUUAUCCCAUGGGAUUGUAAGUGUAUAACUUUGUUUAGAGUCACAUGAACUCAUAGUAAUAAAACAUUAGGGAAACUUUAACGAUAAUAAUAUGAAAUUGUUUUUAGGAUUAAAAACGUUAAUAUUAAUUGCAUGCGAUAUAAGUAGCACUGUUCAUGUCAUGUGAAGAAUACUCUCUAUUGAAUGGACUUUGGAAUCUAAUAUUAGUUAAAUCUUUAGAUAACUUGUCCUACUCUGACUAAAAAAUGCUCUAUUUCCGAAAGAACAUUUACGAAUGUAUCAGAGCGACAUAUUAAUGUUCACUUUUGCUUAAUUUUACCCAUCUUCCACCUGAAUAAUUAGUUCAGUGGCAGAACUGGAUAAUUUCUACUUUUUCUCAAUAGUAUUUUCUUAUGUCUGAAAUGAACAAUGUAAGUAGACGAGGUUAUGUCAACUCAACUAUAUUAACAAACACAAUUUUAUGUACAGCUUAUCAGUUGUCUUUUGAAAACAUUUCCGUCCAUAGUAAUUAGCUAUUCAACUUUUUAUCUGUUUUUCACUUACUAACCUUUUUUGUACUGUGUUAUUAGUAACUAAAACCUGUCUUUUCGGAUAUCCAUCAUUUUUUCAAAACAUAAAUUCACUGAUACAAAGUUGUGCUUGCUUUUACAAAUCAAUACAGGAUGAUUAUGAACAUGUUUCCAUGUUAAGUAAACGUUUAAUCGAUGGUAUCACUUCCAAAAUUCAACAUGUUACCCUCAAUGGUGAUCCAAUUCAACGUUAUCCAGGGUGUGUAAACUUUAGUUUUGCUUGCGUAGAGGGUGAAAGCUUACUCAUGGCUUUAAAGAAUGUCGCUCUAUCAUCUGGCAGUGCAUGUACAUCCGCUUCACUAGAGCCAUCUUAUGUUUUAAGAGCAAUAGGGACUGAAGAGGAUUUAGCACAUUCUAGCAUUCGAUUUGGUAUCGGACGAUUCACCACUGAAGAGGAAGUUGAUUUUACAAUCGCUGAACUAAGUAAACAUGUUCAGCGGCUCCGUGAAAUGAGUCCUUUAUGGGAAAUGGUAUCAGAGGGAAUCGACAUAAAGUCGAUACAAUGGACACAACAUUGAUCAUUUGUUUCACUAUACUGGAAGUUUCAUUGUGGUUUUGUUCUUCAUCUUUAACACUAAAAUUUUCUAUAUUAAAAUUCUAACAAACAUUCAUUUAACAGUUGGAUCAUGAAACUUCAAGAGUUAUUUUUCUGUUUCUUUGAAUAUUUCAAAAUAAGUGAUAUUUUUUUCACAAUUUCACAUUGUAAAUCAGUUCUUAUUUUAGUUAAUUUCAAAGUAAUAUAUAUUUUAGUGUUGAAAGUACUUGAAUAGUCUAAUAAAAAGCCGAAAAUUAUCAAAACUAUGUCGUAUAUUAGCACAAUAAAUUUCGAAAAAUCUGAUCACACAUAUACUUGAUAAGGACGUAUAUAUAUAAGGUCGACUAGACAAAUGGAGGUUAAGUUUAAGGUGAGCACAAAUUGUUUUUGAAUUCAUAAAAGGGUUUCGAAUUUUCGGAUAGCCAAGGCUUUAAUAAAUCUUAGUAUACACCCUUUAACACUUUUGUAC